UCUUUUCCUUUCCUUUCUUUUCCUUUCUCUCCUUUUCCUUGAUAUGUACUUUCUUUUCUCUUAAUUUUCUCUCAUGGGUAUUAGGUCAUUGUAAGUGAAAAUUAAAAAAAAAAAGAAAGAAAAUUCUUGUUUCCUUUGUAGUGAAGAUGAUCAUGAAGCACGUGCACACUCAGAUUUCCAUCACAACAGGUUCUAAUUAUAUAAAAAAACUAAUACUAUAAUCAAUUCUUCUCUCUCUUUCUUUCUCUGUCAAUCUCUCUCUAUUUCUAUAUAUAUAUAUAAGCAACCCUUCUCCAUAUCCUCCUCCCUUUCCCCUCCGUCCUCCUCCUCCUAGAUUUUAUGUUCUUACUUGAUGAAGUUUACUGUAAUCUAUAAUUGAACAAGAAGAAGAAGAAGAAUAAGCAACAGAAUAGUUAAUUCUAUUGAGAUCUCAUGAACUUGUACAUAGCUUCAUAUUCUUUCAUCUUCAUUUGCUUUCAGAAUUCCUCAUUCUUUUCUUGUCUCUUAGCUCCGGGAAGGCUUUCACUGGAAACAGAUGAUCGGAGUUUUCUUCUGUAAUAGUAUUCCGUCGAUUUCAACUGUUUCUUUGAUGGGUUGAUCAAGAAAUCUUCGCUAUCAUAAGUGCAGAGAAAAAGUCUACAAUUUUCCCAAGAAAACCAAUUCGAUGGCGACGUACUUUCAUGGGAAUCCGGAAAUCCAAGCAGCUGCUGCAGCUUCAGCCGAAGGCCUCCAAACCCUCGUCCUCAUGAACCCUACUUAUGUCCAAUACUCUGAUACACCACCAUCUUCCAACAAUCUCCUCUUCCUCAACUCCGCCGCCAACAACCUUUCUUCUCCACCACACCUCUCUCACGCGCCACCCAACACCCAGCAAUUUGUCGGCAUACCUUUGGACCCUAACUCCCAUGACACUUCAACUUUGCAUGGACUUAUUCCGAGAAUUCAUUACAACCUCUACAACCCAGUUGAUCCUUCCUCGGCUGCGCGUGACACUCCACGCGCUCAGCAAGGACUCUCUCUCAGCCUUUCAUCGCAGCAGCAACCGGGUUAUGGCUCACAGGCUCAGGCGGUAUCAGGUGAAGAUAUAAGGGUUUCCGGUGGGUCAGCUUCCUCAGGUUCCGGCGUGACCAAUAAUGGGGUGUCUGGUAUUCAAGGGGUGUUGUUGAGCUCCAAGUACCUGAAGGCUGCUCAGGAGCUCCUUGAUGAGGUUGUUAAUGUGAAUAACCAUGGGAUUAAGAAUGAAUUAUCCAAGAAAAGUAAUGGGAUUAACAGCAAUAAUAGCAACAAGGUGGUUGGAGAAUCAUCAGGUGGAGAUGGCUCAGCUGGUGGCGAUGCCGGCGGGAAGCGGGGAGCAGAGCUUACCACGGCGGAGAGGCAAGAAAUUCAGAUGAAGAAGGCCAAGCUUAUCAGUAUGCUUGACGAGGUGGAGCAAAGGUACAGACAGUAUCACCACCAGAUGCAGAUAGUGAUUUCGUCAUUUGAACAAGCUGCAGGAAUUGGUUCAGCAAAAACAUACACAGCUCUUGCACUGCAAACAAUCUCCAAGCAAUUCCGGUGCUUAAAAGAUGCAAUAACAGGUCAAAUUAAAGCAGCAAACAAGAGCUUAGGUGAAGAAGAUUGCCUUGGUGGAAAGAUUGAAGGUUCAAGGCUCAAAUUCGUCGAUCAUCAUCUUCGACAACAGCGAGCUCUUCAACAGUUGGGAAUGAUCCAGCACAAUGCUUGGAGACCCCAGAGAGGAUUACCAGAAAGAUCAGUUUCUGUUCUUCGUGCUUGGCUCUUCGAGCACUUCCUCCAUCCAUACCCUAAAGAUUCUGAUAAACACAUGCUUGCUAAACAGACGGGGCUCACUAGGAGCCAGGUGUCGAAUUGGUUCAUAAAUGCUAGAGUUCGGCUUUGGAAGCCAAUGGUGGAAGAAAUGUACCUGGAGGAAAUUAAGGAGCAAGAGCGGAAUGGAUCAGAGGACAAAUCUAGCAAGAGCGAACAUAAUGAAAAUUCAGCUUCAAAAUCAGUCCUGCAAGAGAGAGGUUCAGUUAAUGAGAAUCAGACUAAAAGUUUCAAGUCCUUCGACAGUUCUCCAAACCAGAAUGCUCCUGCAAUUUCAAUAUCUGCAGCUUCAACUUCCCCUGUAGCAGGAAAUGUAAGAAACCACUCUGGAUUCUCCCUCAUAGGCUCAUCUGAAUUGGAAGGUAUCACACAAGGAAGUCCAAAGAGACCCAGAAGCACUGAAUUGAUCCAAUCCCCAACUAGUGUUCCUUCCAUGGAUGUCAAGCCUGGUGAGACGAACAAUGACCAGAUUUCAAUGAAGUUUGGCAAUGGGAGGCAGAGUAGAGAUGGCUACUCAUUCAUUGGAGGCCAAACCAACUUCAUCGGAGGUUUCGGCCAAUACCCAAUAGGGGAACUUGGAAGGUUUGAUACAGAACAGUUCACACCAAGGUUUCCUGGAAAUGCUGUUUCUCUCACUCUUGGUCUUCCCCAUUGUGAAAACCUCUCCUUAUCAGGCACCCAUCAAAGUUUUCUUCCCAGCCAGAACAUUCAACUGGGAAGAAGAGUAGAAAUUGGCGAACCGAAUGAAUUCGGAGGCAUCAACACAUCCACACCGCACUCUUCAACUGCCUAUGAGAGCAUCAACAUUCAGAACAGAAAGAGGUUUGCAGCACAACUGCUACCAGACUUUGUUGCCUGAUGACAAAGCCAAUGCCAUGGAGAAGUCACCAGUGGAGGUCUCCACGGCUCCAAGAUCUCUUCACACUAUUUCUUGCUGUUCCAACAAUUAAUAGGGAACAAGGAUAAAUGCAUGGUAGUGUAAAGAAAGAACAAAUUUUACAUAGUAUAGGUCUAUACUUUGGCAUAUAACCAUUUGAGUUCUUAGAUAGCUUAGGAUUAUAUGGGUUGAGGAUUGUAUAUUAUUUUUGCAAGUUUUUGAAGAUGGAUAGAUGGAUUGAUGUUAUAAGAAUUAGUUAUUGGGGUAUACUAAUAUAUAUUGAUUGUGAGCAAA